UCAACCUAAUUGGGGAAAUUCUUCAAUUUGGAUUUCUGCUAGGGCACAGCUUUGAAAUUCUUCAUUUAGAGGAACGUGUUUGUGGAGCUGACAAUGAACAAUAGCGACAAGAAGAAGACGAUGAAGAAAGGGAAUGCUUCAACCGAUGUCAGAGUUGUUGCUGAGACGGUUGCAGCUCGCCAGGUGAAAGGUAAUAAGUCCAGCACUAGCUCGAGCUCGAAACGCACGAAGCACACGGCGGGUGGCCAAUACUCGUCUAGUGAGGGCGGGGAAGGCAACGCCUCACAAGAGGUUGAGUUCCCGACAUCGGAUGCAGGGAGGUACCAUCGUCGGCCGCAAGGGAACAAGGCGGCUAGAGCUCGCGCAGGGAGGGGCCGAGGUGAAUCAAGCCAGGCGGUCUCCCAGGGCACGCCGCCGCCAUCCCUAAUUUCCCUGUACUUCACCGCCACGAUGGCUGACACUUCCCGCAUGCUGCCUGAACAAUAUGAAGCCCAUUUUGCCGGCAUUGAGUAUAUGGCAAGACAACUUGGUAUUUGUAUUCCGCCUCAAACGGGUGCACCGCCACCGCCUUCUGGGGAUGAUUCACCAGUAAAGUAGUUUUUAUAAUAGAUCAUGAUGCUGCAAAGCAAAUUCGAGCAGCGGAUACAACAGAUGCGAGCUGCAAGGAAAUUCCGCCCCUAUUAACUGCAUAACCCUCGAGUUUCAGAGAUGACGUUUGGAUAUGAAUUUUUUCGCUCAUCGUCUAUAGAUUCGUCGUCUAGAGUUAGAUUAUAGGUUCACUCUGGAAAGCAUUGUUGUCAUGUACCAAUUUAGCUCUUAAGAUGUGCACUGGAGCACUGUUGUAUGAAGCACCUGAAUUCAUACAUGGAAAUGUUCAUCUCUCACUUUUUUCUUA